AUGGAUACAACUGGUCAGGUUAUAAAUUGUUUGGCAGCUGUUGCUUGGGAGAGCAACAAACCAUUAACCAUGGAAAUGAUAAAUGUGGCACCACCAAAAGCGGGAGAAGUAAGGAUAAAAAUUCAUGCUACCGCACUGUGCCAUACUGAUAUCUACACUUUAAGUGGACAAGAUCCCGAAGGUAAAUUUCCAUGUGUACUCGGUCACGAAGGUAGCGGAGUCGUGGAAAGUGUUGGAGAAGGAGUUGUUUCUGUCAAGCCUGGAGAUCAUGUAAUUCCUUUAUAUAUUCCCCAAUGUAGGGAAUGUAAAUUUUGCUUAUCGAAUAAAACAAAUUUAUGUAGCAAAAUAAGAACUACCCAAGGUCAAGGAGUCAUGCCUGAUGGAACAUCAAGAUUUUCAUGCAAAGGAAAAAUGUUACAUCAUUUUAUGGGAUGUUCAACAUUUUCUGAAUUUACUGUCGUCGCAGAAAUAUCUGUUUGCAAAGUCGACAUUCGUGCACCAUUUGAAAAAAUUUGUUUGCUCGGUUGUGGUGUGCCAACUGGUUAUGGUGCAGCAUUAAACACAGCCAAAGUAGAACCUGGAAGUACUUGUGCAAUUUGGGGAUUAGGAGCAGUAGGAUUAGCAACAAUUAUGGGAUGCAAAGCAGCAGGUGCUUCUAAAAUCAUUGGAAUCGAUUUGAAUCCAUCAAAAUUUGAAAUUGCCAAAAAAUUUGGAGCCACAGAGUGCCUUAAUCCUUCUCAAUUUGAUAAACCCAUUCAAGAAGUUUUAAUAGAAAUGACAGAUGGAGGUUUAGAUUAUACUUUCGAAUGUGUCGGAAAUGUUAACACAAUGCGAUCUGCAUUGGAAUCGUGUCACAAAGGAUGGGGAGUAUCAGUAAUCAUAGGGGUAGCUGGUGCAGGACAAGAAAUAAGCACCAGACCAUUUCAAUUAGUCACAGGUAGAACUUGGAAAGGUACAGCUUUUGGAGGUUGGAAAAGUAGAGACAGUGUUCCAAAACUUGUCGAUGAAUACAUGUCAAACAAACUUAUGUUAGAUGAUUUUGUAACUGUCACAUUGCCAUUUAAAAAAUUAAACGAAGCCAUCAAAUUGAUGCAUUCUGGAAAAUGCCUGAGAGCCGUCGUAACGUAUUAA